CGGGCAGGCAUGUUUGGUCCACUGUUGUGGGCGGGGCCAACUACCCUUGCAAACGAGACAGAACAACAGGUUGGGCCUUUUCGUGUAAAGUUUUGUUUUUCUUCUUUUUUUUUUAUUUGCUUUUUUUCUUUUGUGUGAGUGGGUGUGUGUGUGUGUGUGUGUGACUCUUUUCUGUCAUGGAGUCGCUGGAGCGAAGUGUCGGUUCUCUGUCCCUGACGUGCUGCUUGUUUAUGUUUCUUCUCCAGCUUCAGGCGGCUUGGACGGGAGACUGUCCCGCUGACGGACGAACGUGGGUGCCCUUUAAAAACAAAUGCUACCACUUUGUCCACGGAGAAGAAGACAAACUCAAAGUGUACAAUUUUGAGAGUGCCAAAAGCCUCUGCCUACACUCUGAGCUGCUGUCCAUCCAGAGUGCCGAAGAGAAUGACUUUGUGGUUAAAUAUAGUCCCGAGGUGUGGAAAGGCGAAGUCAACGUGUGGCUGGGAAUGUAUUAUGAUACAAACAUCGAAGACAUGAAGUGGCUGGACGAGGAGCCGGUGAAUUUCACCAACUGGGAAGCGGGCUCGUCCCCGUUUGACUUCGUGCCGCUGGACACGUGCGUGGCCGUGCACAGCGACACUGGGAAGUGGGAACGCGUCAGCUGCUUGGACGACCUGGAGAACGGCGUCGUCUGCGAGGCGCCUCAGAAAGCAGAGGAACCCAAACAAAAACCCAGCGGCCUGCUGUCAGCGCUGGUGAUCCUCAGCGUGAUCGCCGUCAUGGCCGUCUCGGCCAUCGUUUGGUUUGUGCACCACAAGCGACACCCGGGCUCCUCCGUCGUCACGGGGUUCGAGUACCACCCGCCGUUCAGAGCCCCCGAAGGCGAUCGCUCCUGCCUGAUGGAGGCCGAGGAGUUAGCCGGCGGGCCGUAGCGGGAAGUUCGGCUCCGUUACGCAGUCGGCACGCUAACACCAGUGCCAAAACUUUUUAACUCGGAACGUUAAUAUGUCGCCGUUUCAAAGUCGAGUACUAACAAGUGUUCGUAUGCAGUCCGUUUCAUCUGAGUGGCAUUUGAUUACUUUCAUCUUGCUGGGAUCGAAAAACUUUGGAAGAGAUCAUUUUCAGUGUUAAGCCUUUUUCUCACAAAGUUGAUACAGAUUAUAAAAAAAAAAAAGACUCUCUAAUAAGCUAAAUCAGGGGUAGGCAACUUUUUUUUUUUUUUCAUAUUCUGCGCCACGUUACUAUGUAUCGAGUCAUUGAGGCGCCAGCACCCAAUCGGACGACGUCACUGGCCAGCUCAAGUUUAUUGGAAGGCCAAGUGGAUAAAAGCAAUCGGGAAAACUGAAAUGGCCUAUAAACAUUUCAGCUUUUCUGUUAAAGCAGUUUCCUGUUAACCCUCCUCAAUGUGGGGGUCUCACUACUACAUUUGUGUGUCAUUUCACGUUUUCAGCACUUUUCUUCAAACAUGUAAUCUCUAAAUUGACUUGAUCCAAACGGGCAUGCGGCUCAAUGUUUUGGGACUUUUUUUUUUUUUUUAAAUCACAGCUCUGUGGUUUUGCUUGUUUUAAGAAUUGCAAAAGUCCUCUUGGCCACCCCAAAGCUAAAUCUUUGUCUAAACAAGGCCUCACAACGUAUUUGCAUUUUGAAAUGAUAAGACCCUUUGUUACUAUUACUAAUAUGUGAUACUCUGGCACUUUUUAACUUUUUUUUUUUAACCCUUACCAAAUAUCUGUUUUUGUUUUUAAAUCUGCAUUCGUCCACUUUACAGGAACGUGAGCGGCCUUUCGUUUGUGAAGGCUUGGUGACUUCUUUAUAAAAGUGUAAAUAUUGCCGAUGAGGUGCAUCCCAACCAUCGCUUGAGCUCCUUACGUAAUGUUACAGCGAUGAGCCCGAAUCCUCUAUUUUUUUGUACUUUUAAGUGAAGCAAACGACUGCUUCUGUUUGCACAAUAAUCAAAUUUUCAGCUACGCUGAAUCAAGAGAUCAAAAGUGAAUUUUGCAUCUUUUUUUUUCCUUCUCCUUUCGCCAUAGAAAUGAAAGGCAGAACUGUAGGGAGCAAUAUGCUUUGUCAUCGGAAUAUUUCAGAAUUACGACUUUGCUUCCGUAUGAUGCCUCUGUGCAGUAUAAUUAUAUUAACACAUGUCACGUACAAUCUGAGCCCUGCUCCUCCAUAAUAAAGCAACACGGUUACAAGGA